CUUCUUUUCUCUUUUCUAACUUACCUUUCUCUCCUCAUAAGUCCAAGUCCCUUCUACGACACUCACCUGCCCCCUUGUGACGGACAACCGGGUACCAAGUACCUCCCUCAACUUACCACAUCGCGCCCAGAUCUUCGGUGGUGACCGAGUGGAAGUGCAUCUCCCACCUCUCCUUCUACUUCUUCUUCUUCCUUUCCGUUUCUAGAUCCAUCAUCGAAUUCAUCGUACAGACUACAAAGUAUCACAAGUCGUCGUUGCCGUUAUCACCAGAACAGUAUCACUCAACCUCUCACACCUACAAAUCAUGUCGUCACGUAUCAGCCCCCGAGCCAUCCGCUCCCUCACCAGCACCACCGCCUCCCCCGCCGUGCGCAGACAAUUGGCAGCUUCAACCUCAAAAGCAGAGCCAACCACCCGCUCCUCCAGCACCACCACACGCCCAACACCCUCCAUCACCCCAACUCUGAGGCCGUUGAUGCAAGGAUUCCACACGGCCACCUCCUCCCCGGCACCUGUUGCAAUGUCGUCGAUUGAUUUCGUCUUCUUCCCCACCCACGACGCCAUCACCACUCCCCACCAAUCCGCCCUCCGCGUCCCCCUCCUCCCCGACAACUACACCCCCGACCGCUCGAUCGGGUCUGCACACGCGCCGGAGGCAGAGGUGAUGCCGUUGCAGAGGAGUGAGAUUAGCAUUAUUGCGGCAAGGCCGGAGACGGUGGCGAGUGCGUUGACGGAGGUGGUGGGGUUGGGGAGGGAGAUGGGGUUGGGGGAACUGACGAGGGCGUUUGCGGAGGGGGUGGAGAGGGUGGAGGGGGAGGUGAUGGGGGGGUUGAGGGGGUUGUGGGGGGAUUUGUUGGAUGAUGUUUUGGGCGAGAAAGCUGUAAAGGUUGCGAGGGCUUAG